CCCUCGAUUGUCUACAGAAAAAAAUCUUCUGUGCUGUUUUUGUUUAAUUUCAUUACAUUUUAAUUAAAAGUUAUUCACACAUGAUUGUAAAAUGGAUUCUUCAAUUGAAAACAAUGCAUUAGAUGAAUCUCCUGAAAAUUCUGAAUUCACUGCAGAAUAUUUUGCAUCUUUGGCUGAAGGUGUAGAAAAUAGUUCGAUGCAAAUUCUUGAUGAGUGGGUAGAGGAAAGUGAGGCAAUACCAAUACCAAUUACCGAAAUUAAAACAGAACCGGAAACUUCCCAAAAUGAUUCAAAAUCUUUGCCAAAGCAAAGAACAGAAUCUGUUUCUUCUCGGAAAAGUCACGAUCAUUCACAAAGAAGACAAAGUCGUGAAAGAAAUGAAACAAGAAGAGAAAGAAGUCCUAAUCGGCGAUCUCCUAUUCGGAGACCUGCUUGGAGGAAGAGACGAACUCGUUCUCGAAGUCCUGCUAGACCAUUUCAACGGCGAAAUCCUCCAAAAAAGAACUUUUUUGAGGAGAUAACAGAACAAUAUCCAUCUAUUCUAGCUGAUCUUCAAAACCAAAAUCCACAACCUGUUGAAAAUCCUCCAAAUAUGUAUCAAGUCCAAAUGAAUCCGCAAAUGUUUCAAGGGCAAGUUUUUAUGCAACAGCAACAAUUUCAACAACAAUUUCAGCAACAAUUUCAACCGCAGAAUCAUCUUCAAUAUAAUCAGCAAAUGCUUCAAAAUAACCUUUACCAACAAGGAAUGCAGCCUCAAAUUCCAAUGCAACCAAUGAUGCAAUAUGGACCGCAAGUCGCCAUGCCUUCGUUCAAUGAACAACUUCCUGUUCCAAUGGCACCCCCAGGAACUUCUUCUUUCGAACAAUCUCCAAUGCCAGUUCCAGCUCCUUCUGCUUUUUCAGUACCUUCAGUUACAGUUCAAGACGAGCCGUUAACAUCAGUAGAAUCUUCAAUAAAAAGUCAAUUCGCAAACCCCUAUGAGGAAUCAAAGAAAAAAGUUGUUGAUCAAAAGUUGACAGACAUCCUGCGUCAAAUGCAUAAAGUAAACACUGGAAGCGAAAUUAAAAAGAAGAAAGAAAAAGUGAUUGAAAGGUGUAAAAAUGCUUCAAAUCUUUUGGAUAAGCUGGCACAAAACAAAGUUGUUCUUCCUUUCGUUUGUUGUCCAUCGAAUGGUACAAAAAUGGGAAGCGAUCAGAAUUUCAAACAUCGAAGUCCACUUAUAAUGAACGACAACAAUUUUCCAGUUCUCUUCACUGCAAAUGCUUCAGAUAAACGAAAUGCGAUGCUAGCAAAUCCUGUGCGGAACAUUUCUGGAGAUUCAUUCGCAUUUGCUAGACAUUUAGGAAUGGAUCUCAUCGAUUUAUCCCAAAAAGUCCAACAACAUGUUGCUAAGGAAUGUGAAAAGGAAGUGAAGAAAUGCGAUUUAGGAAUCUCAAUUGUUUCAGUGAACCUUGCUGGGAAGAAGAUGGACAGAAGUGCUCAAACAGAUGUUCAAAAAUGUGACAAAUGUGAGACCCGAGAAGGGAUUAAGAAUGCAACAAGCUCAACUCAAACUUCAAGUUUUGGAUUCAAACAUAAUUUCGAGCCAGGAGGUUUUGAAAUCACUUUAAAUUCACGAGCAAUUGAUGAUUUAACUCCCGACCAACAUCUCGCUUUAGUGAAUAUUUGUUCAGCGUUUAAUAUCGACGACGAGCGAUUUAAAGUCAACCAACACAGAUCACAUUGGAGUGAUGAAAAUUCACGUGGAAGUAAUGACCAAAUGCGAUUUACAAAUCCUGAAAACCCGAACAUUAUUCACGGUUAUAAUCAAGGCAACAAUGAUUUGCCUGGCUUUGAUUCACCUGUUCGAUUACCUCCUGAAAGAUUCUCGCGUGACCGACUCUCUCGAGAUGAAUACUCGCGUGACAGAUUAUCACUUGAACGAAGAUCUCCUGACCGAUACCCGCGUGAAAGAUCAUCUCAUGACCGAAGAUCUCCUGACAGAUUCUCGCGUGAAAGAUUAUCUAAUGAACGAUUGCCGCAUGAUUUAUACCGUCGAAGAUUAUCUCGUGAAAGAUCAUCUCAUGAACGCAGAUCCAAUUCAUUAUCUUGGCAACGAAGAAGGAUUACUGACCGUCUUGGGGAAAAAGUUUCAAGUCCAGUUGGGUCAGGAUAUGCGUACAGUAACUUAGGACCGUCGCCAGUAUUAGGAGAGCGCUCAACAUUUCGGUACACAGUGCCAUCACCUGAAGGGCCAUUAAGAAGAAGUCGACCGGAUUCACCAUUUUCACUAAACGGUUAUGGAUCGAGUAGAAGAAGUAGAAGUCGCUCCUUGUCACCGCAAUCUUAUAGACGUCGAGGACAAAACUUCAAGAAAUCAUUAAAAAUGUCUAAAAGCAGCUCAACAGAUAACAAUAAAUUAACAGAAGCAAGUUUGAUCCUGCAAGAUAUUUUGAGUUCGAUAAAAAAGGAACCGAUGUAUGAUGAAGGUGAGAGCUCUACAAAUAUUGGUCAAGUAGCUGAAUUUGACAAUGUAUCCAGCGAAGAACUUGAAAAUGAUGUAACUGACGAUGGUACAAUUCCUGUUCAGAAGAUUGUUCCAAUUCCCAUUAAUAAUAUUAAGAAAAGAAGUGUUGAAAGUAUUGAUGAGAGAAAAACCAAAUUUUCUAAGCUACAAGAUAAGCAAACGCUUGAAGCAAGACGAAUUGAAAAUUCAACUAUUAAUGCAGGAAAACGUGAAGCUUUUAUCUCUGGCUCGUUGAAAGCUAAAGAUUUAAUUAACAGUUCAAACACUAAAAAAACGAAUAAUUUUGCCAAAGAGUUGCAAAGUAUUCAAAUGCGUUGUUUUUCUUUAUUGAAACUCUUGAAAGAGCCUCAACGGGGAUUCUUCGCCACUUUUCCAAAUGUGCCAAUUGCUUGUGGAGCAUCGAAGCAGAAACGGUCACCAUUGAUCACUAAUGACCUCAAUGUCUUGUUUGUAUCUCAAGCUUCUGAGGAAAAUGUGCAAGAAGCUAUUUUGGGUCAACGUUAUCGUAACAUUCCAAAAGCAUUGCAAGAUACUUGUUCAGAAAUAGGAGUUGAUCUUGAUGCCAUUUCUCAACAAAUUUCAAUUACUAAUGAAUCUUCUUUGUCCAUCCAAGAAGAAACAAUUUUCUCACAAAAUUCUCGCACGGUUUACGUUCAAACUGAUAUAACAGGAGAAAAUUUUAAAACACAUCAUGACAAAGAAACACAAAAUACGAAUAAUGCUGGUUUUUUCUCUUGUAUGAUUGAUUUAUCAAAACUCAAUAGAGAACAAGUUGAAGAAUUACAAAAAUUCAAAAAGAUAAUGUCAAGUGUAAUCAACCUUCGUGAUGAACCAACAAUCUCAGGAAUAAAAGAGAGACUUCAACAUCGACGUGCCAAUAACAUUAGAAAUAAUGAAACUGGAGGCAAAAGUUUAGUUUUUAAUUCUCGUGACAUUUUAUUAAAAUGAUUUCUAUAGUUUUAAUAUUCUGUAAGCAAUAAAUUUUUUUAACGAACUUCGAAAA